AUAUUCGAUCGUUUACGAAUGAUACUAAGCGAAGGCGAGCUGGACAAACGCACGCAGUACAUGAUCGAAGUGAUAUUCCAUAUUCGGAAGGAUAAAUUCCAGGCGUAUCCAUCAGUAACGGAGGAGCUGGAUUUAAUAGACGAAGAGGAUCAAAUAACGCAUACGAUCACGUUGGAGGAUGCUGUGGAUCCAGAAAAUGAACUGAGUUAG